CAGAACUCUUCCGCCGUCUGCAAUGAAUAUUAGUGUAUCAACGCCGUAAAAAUCUCGAAUUUAUUCUAAUUUCGAAUCAAAUGUUGAAUUGGUAAUUAUUGGAAAGUGAAUACGCGCUGUGAUAUACGUUUUAGUAGUUUUUUGUUUGGGAAGUUGUGGAAGAAUUUAUAUAGUUUGCGAAAAGUGAUCUCGACGAAUUUAUAAUGAAAAUAACUAAACCGAACAAAAGAAAAUUAAUUCUUUGUCUUAUUGCUGCAGUAGUUGUAAUUUGUGUAGCUCUUGCACUUGGUUUAGGAUUAUCAGACAGUGAUGAUUCCAGUACAUAUAGCGAACAAAGUCGGCUUGGUGUGUUUCAAAAAGCAGCAGUUGCAGCAAAUGGAGCAGAAUGCGCUGCAAUUGGACGUCAUAUUUUGGAGAAAGGUGGAUCUGCUGCAGACUCUGCCAUAGCAACUUUGCUCUGUGAAGGAAUAACAUGUCCUCAGAGCAUGGGCAUCGGUGGCGGAUUUUUGCUCACAAUUUAUACUAAAAAGACAGGGUUAGUAGAAACCCUGAAUGCUAGAGAAAUAGCCCCUGGAGCUGCUUUCAAAGAUAUGUUUGAGAACAAGACCAGUCAGGCCAAGACAGGUGGUUUAUCAGUAGCUGUACCAGGAGAGUUAAGAGGCUAUUGGGCUCUUCACCAACGCUAUGGAAUCCUACCUUGGAAAGAAUUGUUUCAACCAGCCAUAGAUUUAUGCAGGAGAGGUCAUUUGGUUACACCUUAUCUUGCUGGCGUACUUAAAAAAAGAGAAGAUAAAAUUAAAGCUGAACCUUCUCUUAGGGAAAUUUUUAUCGAUCCCAAUACUGGUGAGGUAUACAAACAAGGUGAUAGAAUAAAAAGGCCAAGAUUAGGCGCAACUCUACGAACUAUAUCAAAAGAAGGUUCUGGUGCUUUGUAUAACGGUUCGUUAACUCAAAACUUUUUAAAUGAUAUUGCUGAAGCAGGAGGCAUUUUAACAGAAAAAGAUAUGGCAAACUAUAAAGUCCGUUGGGAACCUCCAAUUAUGGCUACACUUCCAGGUGGUAUGGUUCUGCAUACAAUUUCUCUGCCAGGAUCAGGAGUUUUACUGGCGUAUAUACUUCGAGUGCUGAAAGGUCUUUUACCUGGUAGUCAAAUUGAAAAUACACAUAAUGAAACAAUAGUUUGGCAGCGUAUUAUAGAAACUUACAAACACGCAUAUGGAGCAAGAAGUAAUUUAGGAGAUAUGUAUUUUGUCCCUGGAAUGAAAGAGUACAUUGAGAAAUUAUCGUCUACUGAGCAAGCUAAUGAGACUAGAUAUAAAAUAUCAGAUACGGAAACUCAUAAUAAUUGGACGUAUUAUGGAGGAAACUUCUCCCAACCCGAAGAUCAUGGUACUGCUCAUGUCUCAGUCCUUGCACCUAAUGGAGAUGCUGUAGCUGUCACUAGUACUAUAAAUUAUAUAUUAGGCGCCAUGUUCCGCUCUCCGAGUACCGGUAUUAUUUUGAACGAUGAAAUGGACGACUUUAGUAUUCCAAAUGCAGAUAACAUAUACGGAGUACCACCUUCCCCUGCCAAUUAUAUAGAACCAGGAAAACGACCAUUAUCAUCGAUGUGUCCAACGAUAAUCACAGAUUCUUUAGGGGAUGUUCGACUAGUAAUAGGAGCAGCUGGCGGAACUAAAAUUACAACUUCCGUUGCCUUUGCGACAAUUAGACACUUGUGGUUCAAUGACACAUUGGUGAACGCAGUUGAUGCAAAAAGAAUGCAUCAUCAACUAUUUCCAAUGACAAUAGAACAUGAAAUUGGUUUUGAUAAGGAAAUUUUGCAAGGGUUACAAAAAAUUGGUCACAACACAACAGAAAUACCACCAGACGAUGGUUUUGCAGCCCUGACAGCGAUUUCCAAAUAUAAGGACGAAAUCCAUGCAGCUUUCGAUAAAAGGCGAAGUGGCAGCGUGGCAGGUUUUUAAAUUUGGUAAAAAUAGUUUCAAAAUUGAGAGAUCUUAUUUAUUACAUACAAUCGUUCACAAAAUUUAAAAAAUUGCAAAUUACCUAAAAAUUAGAUCAUGUCUAUUUCCAAAAUU